AAAUGGCUCUAAGUAUCCUUUUCCCAUUUCCCACUUCUUCCCUUGUACGGUUGCCAUUGAAAGAUUUGAGCCAUGGGAACGUGGCCAGGCAGUCAAGAUGUCUUGCAGCCAUUCAAACUUUGGAGUGGCCCACUCAGAGGCGAUCCGCCAAUUACCAACCAACCAUCUGGAGUAACGAAUUCGUUCAAUCAUUAAGGAGUGAUUACAUGGGUGACAUAUACACUACACGAAUCAAGAAAUUACAUGAUGCUGCCAGGCAUUUGAUUCUAGAAGCAUCUGGGCCCUUGGAUCAACUCAACCUGAUCGACAACAUCCAACGUCUGGGGUUGGGGCAUCUCUUUAACAUGGAGAUCGAAGAAGUACUGAGCACCAUAUCCACUGAUAACAAUGACAUGGGUAUGGCAGACGAUGUUCAUGGCACAGCUCUUCGAUUUAGGCUUCUCAGACAACAUGGUUAUGAGGUCUCACAAUAUGUGUUCAGUAGGUUCAUGGAUGAGAUGGGCCAUUUCAAGGAGGGCCUUCGCAUGGAUACAAAGGGAACGUUGAGCUUGUAUGAAGCUUCACAUCUAGCUUUAAAAGGAGAAGCUACCUUGGAUGAGGUUAAAGCUUCCACAAGUAGAUAUCUCAAGGGUCUCACGCAGGCCAUAAACCCAAACCUUGGAAGGCUAGUACAGCAUGCAUUGGAGCUUCCUUUGCACCGGAGGAUGCCAAGGUUAGAGGCUAGUUAA